AUACGCUCCGUGUCGGCGCUAGGCAACGGGAUCUCGCGUGCCUUUCUCAAGAAACCCUCUUGUACAGAAUCCCCAACACAGCAAUGUCGAGUCAGAGACCAUCUUCAAGCAAGCAUAUAAGUCGUGGGGCUCUUCUUGGAGCAGGAAGACCUCCGACAGCCAUCAGGCCUCCACAGACUGCUACAGGGAUGGUGCCCAAGACGGGACGGCCAGGGACAAGAGGAGGACCGAUGAUCACGUCAGGAGUCCUUUCUGCUCAGAUCACAGUAACGGACCGACCGGUUACUCAGCAGGGCUUGAGUGGCAUGAAGACUGGGAUGAGAGGACCUCAAAGACAAAUCCUUGAUAAAUCAUACUACCUUGGACUGCUCAGGAGUAAAAUAAAUGAACUUACAACUGAAUCCAGCAAGUUACAAAAGGAAAUUGACACCUUUAACCAAGAGAACUCUGUCUACUUGUCCUAUGAGAAAAGGGCAGAAGGUCUUGCUGGUGAAAUAAAAGAUCUCCAGGGGGAGCUGGCAGAUUAUAACAUGCUUGUGGAUAAAUUGAACACCAACACUGAAAUGGAUGAAGUAAUGCAUGAUUUCAGCAUGCUGAAGGCACAGAAUGACAGAGAGGCCCAAAAUAUGGAUAUCAUUUUCACAGAGAGGCGAGAAAAAGAGGAGAUGCUCAGAGUCACUGAGAGUGAAGUUGAUGGAGAGAAACAGGCUACAGACACAAUUAUGAAGAAAAUGACCUUAAACAGCCAGGUCAAGUAUUCUGAAACGAAAACAGCCAAUGAAGAACUCCUACAGGAACUGGACCGUUAUCAGCAAGAACUGGAUGGACUCAUUGCUCACAAAGAGAUUUUGGAAGCUGAAAUUGCCCACUCACAGGUGAAGCAGGAAGCACUUCUGUUGCAUGAAAAAUUGCAAAAAUUGGAGCAACACAGGGAUUCCCUGGUCUCAGAGAGCAACAUGAACUCCCCAAAGGAGAGAGAGCAGCUGCUCACACAGGUCAAAGAAGACAAUCAGGAGUUGGCAAGCAUGGAACGACAGUUGACACACACUCAAGUGAAAAUUAGACAGGUCAAUGAGAAAAUGCAACAACUUAACAGUGACAUUGAAGAACAUCAAGGGGAGCAAAAUCAGAAAUACAAAGAAUUGAAGAAGAGGGAGGAAAAUAUAGACAAUUUUCUUGAGUCUUUUGAAGACACAAAAGCUCAGGAACUUGAAAGAAAUCUUCAGAUUCAGGCUGGCAUCGUGGCACUGCUGGAACACACAAGCAGGAACAUGAAUCGCAUCAACCAAAUUUCAUCUGUCACUGCCAGUGAGUUGAAGUCUAUGAAGGAGGAUCUCAUCUUCAAGGAGACGGAAAUGCACAAGUCACAGAACACAGCAGAUGGGUUAACGUCAGAGAGACAAAGAUUGCAGCAAGACCUCCAGAAUGUAGAACAACUAGAAGGCAAAAUCAACCUGGAGCUCCACAGCCUGAAAGAGAAGAUCCAGCACAUGACUGAAGGCCUCUACACUUACAACAACUUGAGUGCACUAAAGGCAACUGGAGAGGGGAAGAAAAAGAAACUGUGGGAGGACAGAGAGUCACUCAUUCAGAGGAGAGAGACCUUUAGAAAGGCCAUGGCAGAUGUGAACGAUGAAUAUGAAACACUUCAGACUCGACUAGUGGAAAACGAAACUCAUGCACAGCUAACCAACUUGGAAAAGAAAUGGCAACACCAUGAACAGAACAACUAUGUCAUGAGGGAGUUCAUUGCCUCAAAGAGAAUGGAGAGUGACUACCAUGCUGUGUUGAAGAAUGUCAUGGCACAGCUAACAGAGUACAACAAGGUCCUUGUCGACACAGUUCAGGCAUCCAGAAACUGAGUGGCCCUUUCAUAUAUGACCCUAGAUUACUCUCGGUGCGAAUAUUUACAAUUCCAAAUACAGAUGUGUUGGAAUAAUCAUAUGCUUCAUGGUAAUUAGUAUACUAGUAUACAUUUUUGAAAUAUUAGAUCUGUUUAGUCAUAUUUCAGACAUUUUUAAAAUUUAAUUAACUGUUAAUCUUUCUACACACUUCACAAUUUCCAUUAAGUAUUCAGUCAGGAAUUACUGCAGCCUUUUUGUUCUGUCUGAUGUGGAGACACUGAGCUGGAUUAAAAUCUUUUGGCAUCAUGCAUCACAUUUCAUUUUAAAUUCCUGUGAUUUUUUUUGCACAAAGUACUGUCGUUCCUUUUUGCCCUAAUUUGUUGCAUACAGUUCUGUCUCCAUUGUAACUAAAACCAGUAAAUUAAAAGCUUUGUCCACGGUGAGGUAAAAGCCUGUCAACAGAUUGUUUCUUAGCUGAUGCUUUUUGCAAAAAGUCACCAUUACAGUGAAUAUUUCAGUGGAUUAAGUGCAUUCAAAAGUAUUCAGACCCCUUCACUUUUUUCACUUGUUUAUGUUGGAGCCUUAUGCUAAAAUCGUUUGUUAAUUUUUUCUCCUCAUCAAUGUACACCCCAUACCCCAUAGUGACAAACCAGAAACAAGAGUUUUAGAAAUUUUUUGCAAAAUGUAUUAAAAAUAAUAAAUUGAAAUAUCACAUUGACAUAUGUAUUCAGACCCUUUCCUAUGAUACCUGAAAUGUAGCUCAGGUACACCCUAUUUCUGUUGAUCAUCUUUGAGACGUUUGUACACCUUGUUUGGAGUCUACCUAUGGUAAAUUCAAUUGAUUGGACAUGCUUUGGAAAGGUACACACUUGUCUCUAUAUACAAUCCCACAGUUGACAAUGUGCAUCAGAGCAAAAGCCAAGCCAUGAGGUCAAAGGAACUGCCUGCAGAGCUUAGAGACAGGAUUGUGUCAAGGCACAGAUCUGAAGAAGGCUAUGAAAAAAUGUCUGCAGCAUUGAAGGUUCCCAAGAGCACAGUGGCAUCCAAAAUUCUUGAAUGGAAGAUGUUUGGAACAACUACAACUCUUCCUAGAGCUGGCUGCCCAGCCAAAUUGAGCAAUGAAGGGCAUUGAUAAAAGAGGUGACCAAGAACCCAAUGACUCACUCUGGCUUAGCUCCAGAGGUGCUGUGUGGAGAUGGGAGAAACUUCCAGAAAGAGAACCAUCAUUGCAACACUCCACCAGUCUGGGCUUUAUGACAGAGUGGCCAGACAGAAGCAUCUCCUCAGUAAAA